GAAAAAAAAGAAGAAUGAGAAGGACAACAACACAAGACAUGUCUUGUGAUUCGUUAAGGACACACAAACACACACAAGGCAAAGAAAGAAAGAUGCUUCCACUAAAGCUGGUUCGCUCUCUUGUCUUGGGUGAAACCAUCAACCACAACCCUAACUUGCUAACCCAAAACCACCACCACCACUACUCUCAUGAUGAUGAUGAUGAUGAAAGUGAUGAUGAAGCACAUGGCACACCCCAUUAUAGAAGAAGAAGAAGAAGAAGAAGGUACAAAAGCCCAGGUCUUAUAUUCCUCCCAACAAAAGAGAUAAUAAGAGACACAUAUAGGCUUGCCACCAUUGCAAGGGACUUAGGUCUUGACUUGUACCCUACACCAUCACUCUCUCACAUCAUCUUCUCAAACCCAUCAUCCACACCAUCAUCGUUUUCCGCCACUUCUUCGUGCUCUCUCCAAAACGACGCCGUUCCCAUUCCCUUCCCUUCCCUCGCCGCAACCCCACUCACCCACCUUCGCUGCUUCCUCACGCUCUCCCCACGCGCCUUCAAGAUCGUCCUUUUUCACUCCGACCACCGUCCCGCCGCCGCCAGCAACUGGGACUGCUGCUCACUCUCCCUCUACUCGCGGGUCGUCGGCCACCGGGUCGCCACCAUGGAGGAGUUUUGCCAGAUUCUCGCCGGUAAAGGUUGGAACUUUUGCAAAACCAAGAAAAACCCGUCUUCGGAUCGGUGCGGUGUUUUUUACCUCUUCAAGAGGGUGGAUGUGAACCGGGUACGGGUCGGUGGGGUCGGAGCUCCGGUGGAUGGGGCAUGCAGAGUUAGAGAGUUGAGGUUGCCCCAUUUAGAUUUUGGAAAUGCUCCGCUAAGGAUUUUGCAGUAUAUUUUGUUGAUGACUGAUGACAUAUUCUGUUUGGCAUGAAAUUGGUGAUUGAAUAGAGAUGGACGGCAAAUAGGGCACAUCUGGUUGGUCUUGCAAUAUGUGGUUUUGGAACUUGGAAGUGUUGUUCUGCAAAGCUGGGAAAGAGGUAGAGCCUUUAAUUGUUGAAAGGGGCAAAAUGGUUCAAACUGUGGAUCUUGUUAUCUUUUGUACUGCAUUGGAUUGGAUUCUGGAUGAUGGUUAGCUUGAUGGUGAAGGAAGUGGGAUUGAAAGGAUUUCCUUGGAGAGGUAAAAAUGUUGCAAGUGCUUGAAUAAUGAAGGUUUACUUUGUAUUCUUUCAUUGAGAAGCCAAAACCUGUUGGGAGGUUCGUGCUGCCUGAGCCAAACAAACAUGGUUGUGCAAACGGCAAGUUCAAUUCUCAAGGCUGGUGAAAGGGAAUGAAGCCGGGGAAAACAAAGCUAAAGAGUUAGUGUUGAUUUGGAGAGCUAUGCCAUGACAGCACUAGCGCGCAACAUUUGGUAUGUGAUGUGAUCUUCUGGUGGAGCCAUUAUUUUGCUCAUCAAAUUGAAACACCACAAAAUGUGACACACCCAAACACAAGUAUUUUGCAAAUUCUUGCCACAAGAAUAUGCAAAGUACUUACGUGUUGCAUUUCGUGGUGUGUUUAUUAUAUGAUGGGAGUCUUUUAUUUUCUGACUAAUCGGAGUGGAUGGGAUAUUCUCAUCCACCACACACCCUUGCAGAACUGGAAGAUGAUGCUGGUGCCAGCUUCUGUGUGGUCAUGUAUGAAUGCAGUUACAGUUGAUUAAAGAUUGUGCCAGUUGCUUAGAGAAUACUACCUUAAGACCUGCAACUCUUUUUUUUCUUGUUUACUGUACUAUAAUAUAAUUCCAACCAUUUAUCUUAUUAAAAGCAUAUUCAAUGACAGAAUUGAUUGUCUC